UUUUAUUUUGUACACUUCUCCCUCUUCGGCGCCGAGAUUUUUAGCGAGUGGGUGUGGGAGAGCAGAAGAGAACUGAGAGAGAGGAGAAGCGGCGGCAAUGGUGGAGGAAUCUAUGAGGUGGUCGCGGUUGCUGGUCCUGGGACUUUUGGUGCUAGUAGCCGGAGGCCUCGGGUGGUUGGGAUGCGACUCGAUCUCCACCUCGAGGGUUGGAUUAAUGGCGUCAGCUUCCGCGUCGGCGGCCGUGGCGAGGAGGAGUUUGAGAGCAACCGCGGCAGCCAACGAGUAUACGACGGAUAGCUUUGGGCGAGAAGUGGUAGUGGGCGCGGUCGACGAUCCGGAACUGGUUGCAAAUGAGGUUCACAUGGCGAUAAGCAACAGCACGGCUCGCCGGGCCCUCGGCUACUUGUCAUGCGGGACGGGGAACCCCAUCGACGACUGCUGGCGGUGCGACCCAGAAUGGCACCUCCACCGCAAGCGGCUCGCGGACUGCGGGAUCGGCUUCGGGCGCAACGCGAUCGGCGGCCGCGACGGCCGCUAUUACGUGGUGAGUGACCCGGGGGACGACGACCCCGUCAACCCUCGGUCGGGCACCCUCCGCCACGCGGUCAUCCAGGACAAGCCCCUCUGGAUCGUGUUCAAGCGCGACAUGGUCAUCACCCUCAAGCAGGAACUCAUCAUGAACAGCUUCAAGACCAUCGACGGCCGCGGCGCCAACGUCCACAUCGCAAACGGCGCCUGCAUCACCAUCCAGUUCGUCACCAACGUCAUCAUCCACGGUCUCCACAUCCACGACUGUAAACCCACCGGGAACGCCAUGGUCCGCAGCUCCCCCUCCCACUACGGCUGGAGGACGAUGGCCGACGGCGACGGCGUGUCCAUCUUCGGCGCCAGCCAUAUCUGGGUCGACCACAAUUCUCUCUCCAACUGCGCCGAUGGCCUCGUCGAUGCCGUCAUGGGAUCCACCGCCAUCACCAUCUCCAACAAUUACUUCACCCACCACAACGAGGUGAUGCUCUUGGGCCACAGCGACUCCUAUGUCAGGGACAAGGCCAUGCAAGUCACCAUUGCGUUCAACCACUUUGGCGAAGGUCUCAUCCAGAGAAUGCCCAGGUGCAGGCAUGGGUAUUUCCACGUGGUGAACAAUGAUUACACCCACUGGGAGAUGUACGCCAUUGGUGGAAGUGCCGACCCGACCAUCAAUAGCCAGGGUAACAGAUACCUCGCUCCCACCAACCGAUUUGCCAAGGAGGUGACCAAAAGGGUAGAAACGGACUCAAACGUGUGGAAGAGUUGGAACUGGAGAUCCGAGGGCGACCUUCUGCUGAACGGUGCCUACUUCACCCCCUCCGGAGCCGGAGCCUCCGCGAGUUAUGCCAAGGCCUCCAGCCUCGGAGCCAAGUCGUCGUCCAUGGUUGGAUCCAUCACUUCCGACGCGGGCGCCCUCGGCUGCCGCAAGCGUUCGCAGUGCUGAAGCAUCUCACCAAACACCGCAACAAGUCUUCUCUUUUAGAAGACAAAGAAAAAGGGAAAGAAACUCGCAUUUGACAGUGUUGCACAUUUUUCUUUUGUCUCACAGUCACUCAAGCCGCUUUACCCUUUCUCAACCUCCCCCUGCUUCCACUGUAACUCGGUCUGUGGAGUAGGCGGAAGCGUUGCUGAGUGUUUUGAUUUUUCCUUUUCCUUUAUUUUUUUUUUAUUGCCAGUUUUCUCUACAGGGCUUUCUUUAGAUCCGAAUCUUCCUCCAUUCCUUGGGAUUGAGUAGACUAUGGUCUUUAUGUAUUAGUCUUCUCCAAUUUCCAAAGGUUGCAUGAUGUGUGUUGUCGUGGCUUGUUCGUAAUAGAUGCAUGGUCAUUCGCAGUGAAG